AUUCAAGUGGCUGUAUGUGUAUGAUCAAGUAUACAUGGCUAAUGAAUCGAAGAAAUUAAUUUUUUAACAGUCGUAAAGCUACUUACAAGCGAGCCAACAACCGUCAAAUUAUUAAAAUACCCAAGUGUUCGAACUUAGUUACAAUUUCAGACACUCGAUAACGGAGAAAGGGCUUUAUAUAUGGCCGAAGAGAUCAAUGUGUCGGUGAUUGUUGAUCAACUAAGAGCGGCAGGCACAGAUUCACUGAAGCAGCUGCCAGCCCUUCUAAAGCUUGGUGAAUUUUACUUGAAGAAGGCAAAGGCAAGCGCGAAUGGCGCGGAUUUUACCAAAGCUAACGCACUUUUCAACGCAGCACUUGUAAGAUCAGACUGUGUGGAUCACACCACGGAUGAAGAUGAAGUACUUCGGAGAAUCGUGGAGACCUUUCGUGCAUUUUUGUUAACCCUGACAAAUGAUAAAGAGAUGAGUUCAAGUGAGAUCCGGAAUGAAAUACAUGCUCAUAAAGAGUUUCUUGCCCGCGAAAGACGAAUCUUGCAAGAGUCGAUCGAGGAAAUAGAUUCUUCCUUCAACACGAAAGAACAAACCGAAGAUCAAUAUAAGAUUCAUGCAGAGAAGAUGCAUGAUGUUUUUCGAGACAUUCAAGACAUGUACGUCCGACUCGUAUCAAUGUUAGUCAAAGAAUGUGAGAGUAGACUUGGUCAAAAGCCGUGUGACUAUGCUAUCAUUGCCCUAGGCUCAGUAGCACGUAUGGAAGCUACUCCAUUUUCUGAUUUGGAAUUUGCAAUACUAUAUUCCGACCAAACUAUAGGAGACAAGGUCAACUACUUUCGUGUACUAAGCCAUUUUCUUCAUAUGAAAGUUAUUAACCUUGGGGAGACUAUCUUGCCAACUUUGGCGAUUGAAGAGCUCAACGAUUUUCAGUCUUCAGACCCGAAUAGCAAUUGGUUCUAUGACUCACAAACGUGUAGGGGUAUUUCAUUCGACGGAGCGAUGCCAUGGGCUUCCAAAACCGCGCUUGGAAGAAUGGCGACGCAAGAUAAGCCUGCAUUAGAGUUGAUUAAAACACCUGAACAAAUGGCUGAAUUGCAAGAUGAAAAAAUUGCUGUAAAGGAAGGUUAUCAUUUAGCUGAUAUUAUGUCAAGAGCUACAUUGCUUUAUGGAGAGAGGCCCUUGUUCGACGAGUACAAUGAACGUGUGGCUGAAAAACUAAAUGCUGUAACGAAAUUCACUCCAGCAACGGUGGGUUUUGUGCGAGGAAUUCAACAAAUGAUGUUAGAUAUUGCUUCGUAUCAUCCCUAUUACUCCUACCUUGGCUCGCAUUGUACCAUAGGUGCUUUUUUCGACGCGAAGAAGCAGUUCUAUCGUCUUAUCUCGCUGCUCCUCUCAGAUUUGGGGCUGGUAUUUGACGUACGAUGUGCCUCGCCGUGGCAGGUGAUCUCAGCUUUGCAAGCACGUGGAAUCAUCGAUGACACAGAAGGUACUAGCAUCAGAGUCUGUCUUUCGAUUGCUAACGAAAUUCGUCUCAAAACGUACCUGGCCAAUGGUGGACAAAAAGAAUUAAUUUCACCAAUUCCAAAGUUGGCCGGCGUUUCAGCAAAAUCUACUGAACCACCCAUUUUCCGACACUUCAAUGAAGAUUACCUUGUACGUCUUCUCAGUACUAGUAAAGUUGUCAAUGAGCGCUGUCACGUGUUUUGUAUGAAGUAUCUGCAAGAUCAUGAAAUUGAUGUGAGUAUAUUUAAAAAUCUAUCCGUUUCAGUAUCGAGUCCAGAUCUUUUAGGGACUCUUUAUUUUCGGUUGCAAAAUUUUCCCAAAGCCCUACAGUUGUUGCAAUUCGAAUCACAGGACAGUCCGAAUUACUCCCUCUGUCUUAACAGUCAAGGGAUCAUAUAUAAUGAAUACGGAGAAUAUGCUAAAGGUCUCGAGUGUUUUCAAAGGGCAUUAGAAGUACAUUAUCAGAACGUGGGGAAUUCAAAACUUAGUGUGUUGCAUUGCCUUGAAAAUCUAGCCUUGUCGUACCUUUAUAUUGGUCUUUACGAAAAAGCUAGGGAUCAUUUGGAGAAAGCAAUCGCCAAACACCACGAAAUGUAUGGGAAGGAUACUGAGACGAUUGUUCUUAACCGCCUGAUGCAGAAUAUAGGCAUGACCCAUUACAAACUUGGUGAUGUUAGACUAGCUAUUAAAAUAUUUCUGGAAGUUAAAAGAUUGCAAGAGAAAUUGUUCGACGUCCCUGAUAUUGAUAUUAUUCACUUAAACCUGAAUAUCGCCUUGUCCUUGUCUGAACUAGAUGAUCAAACCCAGUCGUUGGAGUAUGUAAAGGAAGCAUUGCAUUUAAGUAAGAGGUUAUUUGGCGAAGCAGAUCAAAGUGUAGAGUUGGCUAAGAUCUAUGUAAAUGCAGCCACAGUUUAUGAGCGUUGUAAUCUGAAUGACCAAGCUCUGUUUUGGUACGAAAGAUCCUUAGAACUGCUGAAACUCAUAUUCGGUGACAUUUCCCACCCAGGUAAAAUAUCUUGUUUAAACAAUUUGGGAAACUUCUUCUCCAGAAGAUAUCAAACGACGAAGGCUAUUGAAAGUCUGGAAAACGCUUUAAAACAGGCAAGAGAUAUGUAUUGCGAGAAACCUCAUAUAACAGUUGCGCUGACACUGAAUAACCUUGGCGUGGCUUUAAAACGCGCUGAAAAGUCAGAGGAAUCAUUUCCCUACUUUCAAGAAGCGAAGGAAGUCAUGGAUCAAAUCCUGGGACCCAAUCAUGUGCAUCCAACCACCUCAGAUAUCCUGAAUAACAUGGGAACAAUUUAUCAAGAUCUCGGACUCUUAGAUGAAACUCUCAAAUGUUAUAAAGACGUGCACCAAAUGAACUGUGCUAUCUAUGGAGAAAAUGGCGUGAGCGAUGCCAUGGCAACCGUCUGUUCGAAUAUCGCCUGUGUUUCAGAGGAGUUAGGAGACUAUACCCAAGCCAAGGAAUACUAUAGUAAGGCUGUGGAACUCGAUAGGAAAAUUUCCUCGGCAAAAAACACCAGCCCCGGUCUAGUGUCCAGUCUUUAUGGCUUAAGCUCAAUCUGCGAGGUUCUGGAUGAAUCAGAUGAGGCAUUGAAACAUUUAGAAGAAGCCAGGGAGGUCGCUAAGAAUGCUGGAUCGAAAAAUGUGAUGGUCGCAACCGUUCUCGUUGAAUUGGGAAUGAAAUACAAUAAGUUGGGAUGCAUUGAUAAAAGAAAGAUGUGUUUGAAUGAGGCGAAAGAAAUAGCAGAAAGUCUCGCACAAGAUGAUUCUUUAUCCCCUUCAGUCAUGGAACUGGUCGAAAUAUUGAAAGGCGGAGUUAGGAUAAAGUGAUUGUGACCCAAGUGGUGCUCUCCCGCUCUUCUAAAGAUUGAUACGUCCAAAAAACACUGAGCAAUAUUGAUUUAUUUAUAAUAACCGGAUU